AUGAAUCUGUUUAGGUUAGCAGGAGACAUAACCCAUCUGCUCAGCAUAGUGGUCUUGUUCCGUAAGAUCCGCACCACCAAAUCUUGUGCAGGAAUUUCACUCAAAACUCAAGAACUCUACGGGUUGGUCUUUCUUACUCGAUACAUUGACUUGGUUAUCAAGUAUCACUCCUUGUAUAACACUUUAGGGAAGCUCAUCUUUAUUGGAACUUCUCUUGCCACGGUCUGGCACAUGAGGUACCAUAAAGUAGUGAAGCAAACCUACAACAAAGAUGAAGAUACUUUCAGACAUUACUAUCUCAUCCUUUUUUGCUUGGGGCUGGCUCUUCUGAUUCCGCGUUCUUUUACAGUAAUUGAGGUUCUGUGGGCAUUUUCGAUAUAUCUUGAAGCCGUAGCAAUCUUACCACAAUUGGUUUUACUGCAAAGGUCUAGAAACAUUGAUAACUUAACUGGAAACUACGUUUUCCUUCUUGGUGCUUACCGAGCCCUAUAUCUUCUCAAUUGGAUUUAUCGUUUCUUCACAGAGCUUCACAGAGUUCUCUGGAUACCUUGGGUUUCAGGCCUUGUUCAGACUGCUCUUUAUGCUGACUUUUUCUACUACUAUAUUAAGAGCUGGAAGAAACACGAGGAGCUUAAGCUUCCUGCUUGA